AUGUUUGUGGAUAUCGGAAAUGUUUUUCUCUUGAAAUUAUGGACUUUGGAACGUGGUUUAUUUGAAGCUCAUUCGAGAAGGCGUCCGGCACAGAAUUCGUGUCGGGAUGACGUAGUCGGGCGCGCAAAUGAAGCGCUAUGCCGUUGGACUGCGGAGUUUGGUGCCUACUAUCCGAACGAAGGCGACACAUUGAAAGGUUAA